UGUUGGUCGACUGGUACUGAAGCCCGUCAAGAGGCGGAGGGACUCUGUAGAGGAUGGGCAACGUGAGGGGGAGGCUGGGCCGGCAUCCGGCCCACGACCGAGGAAGCUCAGGAGGUCUGUUGCCUUGAAGGCGCGGAAGAAUCCUGUGAAGAUCGCGGCGAGCACUUCCGGAAAGAA